AAUUGUAACUAAACAAAAAUAAUACAAUUAAUGAAGGAAUUUCUGAAGCCGUAUGAUAAAAUGAAAGUUAAGUUGGUUGAUUCUGUUGUUCGCAGCUUUAAGGUUGCAAAAAUAUUUCGCGAGAAUACCGACAAAAUCAACGCGAUUGAUUUUGCGCCAAACGGUGAGCAUUUGAUUUCCUGCAGCGAGGAUGAUCAAAUUGUUAUUUACGAUUGCGAAAAGGGCACCCAGUCCCGCACAGUCAACUCGAAGAAGUACGGCGUGGAUCUGAUACACUUUACGCAUGCAAAUAAUACGGCUAUACAUAGUUCCACCAAAGUAGACGAUACUAUAAGAUAUUUGAGUCUGCACGACAACAAAUACUUGCGGUACUUUCCCGGCCACACCAAGAAGGUAAUUUCGCUCUGCAUUUCGCCAGUUGAGGAUACAUUUUUGUCCGGCUCUUUGGAUAAAACACUGCGACUGUGGGACUUGCGCUCACCCAAUUGCCAGGGCUUGAUGCAUCUCUCCGGGCGACCCAUUGCCGCCUACGAUCCAGAAGGCCUUAUCUUUGCUGCCGGCGUUAACUCGGAGAGUAUUAAACUCUACGAUUUGCGUUCCUUUGACAAGGGACCAUUUGUAACAUUCAAGCUAAAUCAGGAAAAGGAAUGUGACUGGACCGGCUUAAAAUUCUCACGGGAUGGCAAAACCAUACUGAUUAGCACAAAUGGUUCGGUUAUACGAUUAGUGGACGCCUUCCAUGGCACCCCGCUGCAGACUUUUACGGGCUAUCCCAACAACAAAGGCAUCUCCAUUGAAGCCAGCUUCAGUCCCGACUCUCAAUUCAUUUUCUCUGGCAGUACCGAUGGUCGUGUACACAUUUGGAAUGCCGACACUGGCAAUAAGGUAACUGUGCUCAAUGGUGAUCACCCCGGUCCAGUGCAGUGUGUGCAGUUUAAUCCUAAGUAUAUGAUGCUAGCAUCGGCCUGUACUAACAUGGCAUUCUGGCUUCCCACAUCCGAAGAGGGUGGUGUUUAGAGUAUAAGCAAUAAUUUGUAAUUUAAGCAAAUAAAAUAAUCGAUUCUUCUCU